CGCACGCAGCACAUGCCUCUCCUCUGUUCAUGCCACUGUCACUGCGCAGCAGUCAGUGCUCGAUUGGUUUCGUCUGAAGAAACCAUGGCAGACCGAGAGGAGGAUAAUGUUACAAUUCCUGAGUUCAGCUGCCUUCUCCAAAUGGAUCCCCAUCUCAAAGUGUACGAGAAGGACUUCAGGAGGAGGUAUGAGCUGCUACAGAAGCAGCUUAUACAGCUGGAAGAGGCAGAGGGAGGCUUUGACCAGUUCACACGCAGCUACAACACCUUUGGUGUACAGCGAAGGCCUGACAACAGUCUGUUCUUUAAGGAGUGGGCUCCGGCUGCAGAGGCCCUCUUCCUCACCGGUGACUUCAAUGGCUGGGACAAAUUCUCCCACCCCUACACCAAGAGAGAAUUUGGCAAGUGGGAACUGAUUUUGCCGCCCAAGCAUGACAAGUCUCCAGCUGUGGAUCAUAACACCAAACUCAAGCUGGUAGUUCACACUAAGGAGGGUGAGCGUCUAUACCGGAUCUCGCCAUGGGCAAAAUAUGUGACCAGGGAGGAGAAAUCUGUCAUCUACGACUGGGUUCACUGGGAUUCACCUCAGCCUUACGUUCAAAUUCACCCUCGGCCUAAGAAGCCCACGAGCCUGAGAAUAUACGAGGCCCACGUGGGCAUCGCUUCACCAGAGGGAAAGAUCGCCUCGUACACCAACUUCACAACCAAUGUGCUGCCUCGAAUAAAAGACCUGGGUUACAACUGUAUUCAGCUGAUGGCUAUCAUGGAGCAUGCUUACUAUGCAAGCUUUGGAUAUCAGAUAACGAGUUUCUUUGCUGCUUCCAGUCGCUAUGGUACCCCAGAUGAGCUGAAGCAGCUGAUUGAUGUGGCUCAUUCAAUGGGCAUUGCUGUGCUGCUGGACGUCGUUCACAGCCAUGCCUCCAAGAACACGGAGGACGGCCUUAACCGGUUUGAUGGCUCUGACUCAUGUUUCUUCCACUCUCCGCCCAGAGGGGAGCAUGGGCUUUGGGACAGCCGCCUCUUCAACUAUUCCAGCUGGGAAGUGCUGCGGUUCUUAUUGUCAAACCUUCGCUGGUGGAUGGAGGAGUACCGCUUUGACGGCUUCAGAUUUGAUGGUGUUACCUCUAUGCUGUAUCAUCACCAUGGCAUUGGCACGGGCUUCUCAGGGGACUACAGCGAGUACUUUGGCCUUCAGGUGGAUGAAGACUCUUUGGUUUACCUGAUGCUCGCCAAUCACAUUCUUCAUACCCUUUAUCCUGACUGCAUCACUAUUGCAGAGGAUGUGUCAGGGAUGCCUGCUCUCUGCAGAGGAGUGGAGGAGGGAGGACUUGGUUUUGAUUACCGACUGGCUAUGGCCAUUCCUGACAAGUGGAUUCAGAUCCUGAAGGAGUUAAAGGAUGAAGACUGGAGCAUAGGCAAUAUUGUCUACACACUGAUCAACAGGCGCUACGGAGAGAAAUGCAUAGCCUAUGCAGAAAGUCAUGAUCAGGCUCUGGUUGGGGAUAAGACUCUGGCCUUCUGGUUGAUGGACAAGGAGAUGUACACCAACAUGAGCUCCCUGAUUCCCAUGACACCCAUCAUUGACCGCGGCAUGCAACUGCAUAAGAUGAUUCGUCUCCUCUCUCAUAGUCUGGGUGGAGAAGGUUACCUCAACUUCAUGGGGAAUGAGUUUGGCCAUCCUGAGUGGCUGGAUUUCCCCAGAGAGGGGAACAAUCAGAGUUACCACUAUGCCCGGCGGCAGUUUAACCUAGUGGAUAUGGAUCACCUCCGCUACUGUCAGCUGUACGCCUUUGACCGGGACAUGAACCGUACCGAAGACAAGUAUGGCUGGCUGGCUGCCCCACCUGCCUUUGUCAGCACCAAGCAUGAAGGGGACAAGGUCAUUGUGUUUGACAGAGCAAAUGUGCUCUUUAUCUUCAACUUCCACCCCAGUAAGAGCUUCCAGGACUACAGGGUGGGUGUAGAAGUUCCAGGAAAAUACAAAAUCAAGCUGGAUUCAGAUGAAGUUCAGUAUGGAGGUCACGGACGGCUGGACCACAGCACAGAGUUCUUCACUGAGCCCGAGCCCUUCAACGGUCGCUCCAACUCUAUCUGGGUCUACAUCCCCUGCAGAACAGCUAUUGUCCUGGCCAACGAGGAGAUAGAUUACUGUUAUUAGAGGAUGAUUGUCUCCACAGAGACUAGGAUCGAGAAUGGAUUCCAACCCCAACUGAGUGUUAACAAUCACCUUCAUCUUAAAGUGUCAACCUUGUACGCCACCCAAACCCACUUUUUGUGUUUGAGUCUUGAGUCUUUUUCUAAAUGGGAAAAAAGCAUUGUGAGCUUGUGUGCUUUCAAACACCAUCUGCAGCCUUAGAUGCUGUGUAACCCCAUUUACUACAGAUUGGUCCAUUUGGGAUGCGUCCAACAUAACCAGCAGCUAGAUGCUAAAACUCAAAACCCUGCUGAGUCCAUCCACCACUAGCCAGCAGCCAUUUAUAGGCUCUGUUGAAUUUGGUGUGUCAUCUGAAACACAUGACCGGCAACUGUAGCAGAGAGAGGCUAUGCAGUAUGCAUUCAUUUAUUCAAACAUGAUAAAACCUCAGAGAAAUAAGAAUAUUUUAGAAUGUUAUGGUGAUAUAUUUUUGUCUUGGUUUAAUUAUUUUGUAUUUAAAUACAAAUAAUAUUAUAGUGUCAAAGACACAAAGAGAUUUGUAAUAUUUCCAGCACUUGAAAAUCAAAACGUCCAGGUAUUUCAUCACUGAGGAUUCAUCUUUGUUAAUUUGCAUUGUGGGACAUUGUACAUCUAAAAAUAUGGUAAUUUGCACAAAGUAAUAAGCUGCUUUGAGUUAUUACACUUUUAAUGGGUAUCUAAAACAGUUGUGUUGUAAUGUUUGAAUUUAUGCAGCUACUGGGAGCAUUUCUGUGGUUAUUUAUGGCCCAGUUAUCAAGCCAGUAAUUUGCAGCUAAAACAAAGUGAUAAAAUCACCUAAUUUGGAUUGUUCAUUGGUGUUGCAUAAUACACAAAUUUGUUUUUUUCCUCCAAAAGUAAUCCAUAGUUUUCUUGUACAGUAGAACACAUCAGCUCAUUUAUGUUGUAAUUUUCACUAAACUCUUUAAACUGCUGAUUUGUCUAAAAUAAAUUGAUACUGACGAUCAACACAUCACUUUGAGUGGGAGAAGACAGUUUACUGUAUGACUCAUACACCUGACUACUUUUAGAUACUGUGAUUUAUGUGCACCAUAUUCAUAUGAUAUUGUAGCAUUCCACUGGGAUUAACACAGAAACAGACUAAAUUCCCACAGAAAACGAUGUGUGCCUCUUCCAAUUAGCUCUGGCUUUGGUGACUUUUGUCACACACUUGAUGAUGGAACAUCUCAAAAAACAGCUGCAAUGUUCACCCUGUGUUCCCCAUAGCUGGUAUAUAAGGAGGUUACUGAUUAACUGUCAAGUAAAAUUUGUUUUGAAUUAAAAUGUGCUGACCAAAGUGUUGUAUAAUUAAAAUAGCAAAAACCAGAAAACAGCACAAUAAAAACACAAAGACCAAUUUAAAAGACAAAAAGACAAAGCAAUAAUAAAAGUAGUGAGACCAUAACAAAAAGGCAGCAUACUCAUACUGAAUUAAAAGCCAUGGAAUAAAGAUAUGUUUUAAGAAUGGAUUUAAAAACAGGCAGUGUAAGGGCCAGACUAACAUGCAGAGGCACCUUGUUACAGAGGUUUGGGGCUACAAUGCAAAGGCCUGAUCCCCCCUGUCCUUCAGCCUUGACCUUGGGUCAACCAGAAGCAACUGGUCAGCUGACAUGAGUGACCUUGAUGGGACAUUUUGUUGUAAAAGGUCAGUGAGAAAGGUUGGAGCUAAAAGAUUUGUAGGUUAACCAUUAAAUCUGAAAACUGUUUCUAAAAUUAGCAUUGAAGCUAGGUCAGUAUGGGGGAAAUGUGGUCUCACUUGCGUGUUUCUGUUAAAGGACGGGCUGCCACAUUCUAGACCAACUGCAGUCAUGAGAGACAGGCCUGUCAAGCACCAACAUAAAGGGCAUUACAGCAGUUGUGAAAGUUGUGGGGAAAAAAAAGAAAAAAAGCCUGUAUAACUCUUUCAAGAUCAUUAAAAGAUAAAGUUAAAAGGAUUUGACCUUAGAUAAGAGUCUAGCCUGGAAAAAGCUGGAUCUGAUCACUGAAUUUAUCAGUUUGUCCAAUUUAAAAUCACUAUUCAUUAUCACACACAGAUUUUUCACAAUGGGUUCUGCAUAUGGUUCCACUGAACACAGGUCCAAACAAGGGGCAUCGUGGGCACCACAGGAUCCAGUUUUGCUCUCAUUAGUUUAAAAAAAGAUUAAGGCAUCCAAACUUUGAUGUCCUCAGGACAGUCCAACUAUGGUUUCUCAAGAGUUUACACUUUUCCAUUUCAAAGGCAGGUAAAUUAGUGUGUCAUCUGCAAAACAGUGGAAUGAAUUCUCUAAGAAUGGACCCUGAGGGGAGCAUGUCAAGGGAAAAUAGGAUUGGCCUGAGAAUAGAACCCUGAGGGACUACACAAGGGAGAUGUCCUGAGGAGGAUACAGACUUAUCAAGCCUGACAUCAAAACUUCCUGUCAGACAAGCAAGACCUGAACCACUCCCAACCAAAAUAUGUACAAACUUGUGGAAAAUCACUGAUGGUAGCUGAAUGUUCUGUGACUGCUGAACUCACUCACUCACUCACUCAGGAAAAAUGUCAUUAAAAUGGUCUUUCAUAUGACAAGUUUCAUCUUUUGAGGUUAUGUUUUGAAGACAACUGUGAUAACUGAUCUUUUUUUCCAGCCUUUGUGUUCUCUUUAUUUCCAUUCUCCUUCUAAAAGUCCCUUGUUGCCACAUGAAUGGAUGUCUUUUGGACAAAUUUCAGUAUUCUCUGCACAUUUUCUCAAAGCGGUUCUUUUAUAGGUAAAACAAGAAGUGGUUUUGGGAAUCCCAGAUGAAAGCUAAUUCUUUGAUUUACUGCCAUGGAUACUAUAAUUCUGUGAUCCACACCUACUGCAUUAGUGCAGAUUCUCAGUCAUUUAAGCUGUGUAUUGUAGCAUAUGGCAGGUUUUGAUCUGCCUCCCCUGCAGCUGAAGAAAAAACACAUUCAUAUUCAGGACCAUUCUCCCGUGUUUAGCCAAAAGUAUCGUGAACAUGUCAUUUCUUUUUGUGUAACACCAUAGCAUUCAAUGCAAUUCAAAUGCCUUUCUCCACCUCUCGAAAAGCACAGAGAGGAUCACUCUGCAUAAAUUUCAAGUAACAAGGUUGUAAGAAAGAAGUGGAGUGUUAAAUCAUCCCUCAUCUGACCCAAUGUCAUUGUCAUUUUACCACCGUCAAAAUGAAUUGUCUGUAUUUGUUCUCAAAAGUAAAACUGAUGUCUGAUACACAGUAA